AUGACGGCGAUCCGGGCGCUCCUGCUCUGCUCCUGCCUGGGGCUGCUGCGGCCGGGGGGCGGGCAGCCCUUCCUGCGGCUGCGACCCUCGCCCAGCGACAACCUGCCCGUCAAAGACAUCGUGGAGCACCCGGAUCCCGAGUACGACCCCAAGGAGCAGGACCUGGACGAGAGGACGCUGAGGAAGAAGCUGGGCAGCCAUUUCGACCCCGGUUUCAUGGCCGUGGCCGUGCCGGGGCCGGCCAACGCCUCGGGCGCCGAGGCGGCGGCGGGGCGGGGGCGGGCGGCGCUGCCCGCCGAGCUGCGGCGGCUGGAGCUGGGUCCGCCCCAGGGACCGCGCCUCAAGGUGGGCAAGAAGGCGCGGCGGAAGGUGCUGCAGUGGCUCUGGGCGUACACCUACUGCCCCGUCCUCUACACCUGGAAGGACCUGGGCGUCCGCUUCUGGCCCCGCUACAUCAAGGAGGGCAACUGCUUCGCCGAGAAGUCCUGCUCGCUGCCCGAGGGCAUGUUCUGCAAGCCCGUCAAGUCGGUCACCAAGACCUUCCUGCGCUGGCACUGCCAGGGCUGGUCCAGCCAGAAGUACUGCACCUGGAUCCCCGUGCAGUACCCGCUCAUCUCCGAGUGCAAGUGCUCCUGCUAG